AUGGCCUGCACCUUCUUCUUCGAGCCGGAGACGGUCAGCCAGGAGCCCGGCCAGCGCCACGCGCCGCCGCUGGACCUCCACGCCUGCGCGCUCUGCGCCAAGCCGCUCGCCCGCAACAGCGACAUCUUCAUGUACAUGGGGGACACCCCCUUCUGCAGCGACGACUGCCGCUACGAGCAGAUCAACCACGACGCCGCGCUCGCCAGGCAGCAGGCCAGCUCCCGCCGGAAGCAGCAGCAGCAAGCGCAGGCCCAGGCUCAAAGAAGCGCGCGCGAGGCCCCGGCGCCGGCGCCGGUGUCCGCGGCCGCCGUCUCUGCCAAGGCCAACGUGUCCGUCGCCAGCUAG